CAGAAAUUUGUUGUUGUAGAAUUUGAGGAAGGUAGAAUCUGCCGAUAUUUGAGAUCAAUUUGUAUUUCUUCGUGGCGAUCUAGUCCUGUAAUUUCGCUCAUUGUGAUUGUCGAAUAGAAAUGGCAUCAACUUCUUUAAAAACGCCUCGUCAGUUAAUGAUGAAAUGCACAAAACAGAAACGGCAAGUAGAUCGUGAAACAAGGGCGUUUGUAGCUCUACAGAGUCGGAAAAUAUCAAGAAGAAAUGAUAUUGAAAAAAAGCGUGGAAUUCCGUCAAUAGAACUACCAAGCGAUGAAAACAAAGCUCAAAAUUGUCAAGAGCAAAUCAAAACAGAGGAAGGUUUUACCAAAAUUAAAAAACCAGCUGAUCCUAUUAAAGAAGCCCUAAAGAAGUGGCAAAAAGAGAAACGACUUCGCCAGAUUAAGGAAAAAAAUACGAAGAAACAACCGUUCCGUAUUUCCCACGUCUCUCAUCAAUUGUCAGAGUUUUCCCACAGCUUUCAGAACGAUCAAGCAAAUCAAACAAACAAAACAAAAAAAAGCAAGUCAAAAAAUGUUAGCGUUUCCCAGGCUGCGCAGAAAAAGAAUUAUUCAUCGACAAAAGAAGGAAAGGUAUCAAGUUCUUUAAAAGAAACAAAUAAUAAAGGCACGAAUAAUACGACCAAGCCAUAUCCAACAAGAUCAUCCAGUCGGGCAAUGAAAACAAGAUCAAUGGCUAGAAUGGCUGCGACUUUGACCAACAACGCUGCCUCUAUUCCGGUUUCUAUGGAAACUGACGAUAUUCAUACAUCUCAGCCACCGUCCUGUACCAGAAAUUUACCAGGCUGUGUGACCAGAUCUCGCAGCAAUAUAGACGAAAGACAGCCAGUUCAUCCCAUGAAUGAUCACGGCCCCGCUUCUAUACCAAACGAUUUCUCAUUCAAUGUUCCAGUUGGUGUUAAAAGUUUUGUGUUUUGCGGAGAUAAAUUUAAGUUCACGCCUCUUUCUCCAAACAGCGCUAAGAAAUUUUUCCCCACCCGUACUCCUGUCAGAGAACAGCGUGACGACAUGAAACAGAAAUUAGAAAUAGGAAGUAGCAAAAAAAGAAACGGCGCGCCGGUGGGAAUGGAUGUGUGCGAUAGCGUCAGCGCGGAUAUCACAACGGCAGAUGUUCAAAACACUAGUGACAAAGCAAGUAUUGAAGGAGCUGUGUUAGAUACGAAAUAUUUCAGAAACAUGGCAAACAGCGAAAUAGAUCGAUUAAAAUCCUGUUGUGCACAUUGGGAAACUGUUCAAGAGGAAAUGAUACCAGAAGAAGUGAAAGGAAAAUUAAGAACUGUUAUUGGUCAAGUUCAACUUCUUGUAACAAAGAAAUUUAAGCAAUUCAGCGGACUUCUGGAUCUGAGUGAGGAUACAACAGCAAAAAAGAAGGCGUUAGUUUCUGAUUUGCAGGGAUUCUGGGAAAUGAUGUACCUCCAGGUGGAGGACAUUGAUAAGAAGUUUGCGGAACUUGAAGAGAUAAAAAAGAACAACUGGGAAGAGAAAAAAGUCGAAGUAAAAAAGAAAAAUGUAAAAAGAAUCGCGAAGGCAAAGAGGUCUGCGUCAAAAACAGCAAAUCCUAAGGUUUCCGAAAGUAGAAACAAAUUUCGUGAGAUGAGAGCGCAGAUGAAAGCAAAACUGGAAGCAAAUAACAACGAGGAACAAGAUGCUUUUAAAAUUAUCCUUACCCCUAUGAAAAACAAGAAAGCUAACGCAGAUCCAAGUGUACCUGAAAUUGUUUUGACCCCUGUCAGACGAUCAACCAGGAAAUCUCGAGGAUGUGCAACCAUUACAAUUCCCCUGGUUAACUUACCUUCAAAUGUUUCUGUCGAUUUAUUUGGUGCCUGCAAAACUCCUGAAUUGAUUCAAAAGAAUGCGGAUAAUUUUUCCAACCUUGAUGACGACAUUUUUCUUUCCCGUAAAACGACUCCUGUAACACAGUCAAUCUUACCAGAAGGUGAUCUCAUGUCAUUUACCCCUACAACGCCAGCUAAGAGAGUUUGACAGGAAUCUUCACGCCGUACAUGCUAUCUGUACAAGUGUAUAUAUCCUUUUUUCGUUUUACCACCUCACCUUCACUAUAUAUACGUGACAUUUGAGUUGAUGAACAAAUAUUAGACAAUUUGCACAAACACCGUAUCACAUUGUAUAAAUAACAAAAAUUUUAAAUAUACCAAUUAUAAAAUA